GUUUACAUUUUUUUGCUCAGAACGUCAACACUCAUGUUGGGGUUUCGCCUUGAAAUUUCGCACAAUCACCUCGUUUCCUCAUUAAAACCCGGUGGUAAAACAGUGCUCAUUAACUCUUCUAGGUCAGGCCGGCAUGAACGGUUUUUUGCCAACAGUUUAAGACUGUAACACUGUAGGUUAAUAGUGGGGGAUAUAAUCUAUUGAUUUCUUUUACUUGUUGCUCCACAUUUUCUGGUAAAUGAGUUCGGAAUCGUUGUUAUCUGAACACGAGCGUGAAGACAACUCAACAGCUGGAAUACUAAACAGAGCCAUGGAAGCACGCGCCGAACAUCAGAAAACGAAAAUGUACAACACCAUCUACUCCUUCACCACUUCCAUGGGAAUUGGCUUGAUUCUGCUGGUUCUCUUCUGGUUGCUCCAUUAUAGAGGCGGAUUUGCCUGGCAUUCGGAUCUCAAGCGGGAAUUCAACUGGCAUCCGCUUCUUAUGAUACUGAGCAUGGUGUUCUUGUACUCACAAGCAAUUCUGAUCUACAGAACGGGCCGCAAUAUUCCAAAGCUCAAGCUGAAAAUCAUCCAUGGAAGUAUUCACCUGAUGGCUUUCAUCCUAUCGGUGAUUGGGCUUAAGGCCGUGUUUGAUACGCACAAUUUGGCCACUCCACCAAUUGCCAAUCUAUACAGCAUGCAUUCCUGGAUUGGGCUCAUUACUGUGAUCAUUUUUGCUAUGCAAUUUUUAUCCGGCUUUCUUUCGUUCCUAUACCCCGGACUGUCGCCGUCUUUGCGCAAAGCCCUGAUGCCCGUUCAUGUGGUGAUCGGACUCAGUGCAUUUGUUAUGGGAUUAAUCAGCAGCAUAACUGGCCUAACCGAGAAAGCUUUCUUCACGUUAGAUGCAAAGUACUCGGCGUUUGUGCCUGAGGCGUUUGUUUUCAACUUCAUUGCGCUCAUCACCACGUUCUACGGGCUGCUGGUGUUGUAUCUAGUGAAUGAGAGCGCAUUUAAACGAAAUGCGCUUCCAGAAGACGAGCUGGCUUUGACUGGACACGACGAAUGAGGAUGUUGAUAAGCUUAUGUGAUUUUUUAGUUUUUUUUUUUCAUUUUAAGCGCAAACUAUAUACAAUACAGAAGGCUUUGGAAGCAGUACUUAAGCCAAACAGUGGGUGCUUUUAACUAGACUUAACGCAGUACUUCUAGCUACAGUUAUAUUGGUUUCAAUGAUUUCCUGUACUUAAUUUAAGUCUGUUACUUCGGUGCUAAGAUUAAGUGAGAUUAUGAUUCCGCGACUGAAGAAUCUGGCGGGUUUUUGGUAUCCUGUUGUACCCAUUAAUGUUCCUUUAUUUUAUGUAAACACUUUAAAGCUGUGCGCUGACUAAGAUAGCAUAAAUUUAUUGAAAUAUAUGUAUACCUACUUU